AUGGCGACUCCCAGCCUGCGGGGCCGCCUAGCCCGGCUGGGAAACCCGCGGAAGCCGGUGCUGAAGCCCAGCAAGCCCCUCAUCCUAGCUAACCGCGUCGGAGAGCGGCGCCGGGACAGGGGCGAGGCGACCUGUAUCACAGAGAUGUCGGUGAUGAUGUCUUGCUGGAAGCAGAAUGAAUUCCGCGACGAAGCGUGCAAAAAAGAGAUCCAGAGCUUCUUCGAUUGUGCUUCGAAGGCUGAGGCAGCCCGAAAGAUGAGAUCAAUCCAGGGAGAGUAUGGGAAUUUACCCCCCCAGAAAGUGAAUAUGUUGUUACAGAUGUUUCCUAACAAAUCACAUCUCAGCUGA